AUGGAUAGUCGUGAAAGGAACGAUUAUCUGAAUCAAAAAAUGCUAAAGCCCCUUAUGCCGGAGGACAUGAGAAGCGAGCUGAUUGCCGCCCUCAGAACUCAAAACAUUCAACACACUAGAACAAAGUCGGUUAGAAAUAUAAGGAAAACAGUAUUCCCAACGACACAGUCAAAUGCUGCAGGACCAAAUGGCACAAACGAAGAAGACAAACGAGUACAACUUCGCCUGCAGGCGAUUCGAGAGAUUAAGACUUCCGAGCUGUCCUACCUGAGACAGUUAGAUUUGCUGAUUAAUUAUUUUGUUACACCACUUAGAACCAAUGGUCUCAUGCAGGAACGUGAACACAAUCAAAUCUUUGGCCAGCUGGAAACUAUUCAGAAUCUCAGUCAGGAAUUGUUGAAAAAGCUAGAUGAUGAUUUGGACAGAGUGGUUAAGGCAUUUGUGAAUUUAGGACCCUUCUUUAAGCUAUACUCAGUUUAUGCAUUUGACUAUCGAAAUUCACUCUGUACUUUGCAAUCGUUAAUGCAAAAAAGUCCAUCGAUGAAGAAGUUUAUAACUAACACCGAAUGUCGUCCAGAAGUUCAGAUGAAACUUAUAUCCUUGCUGAUCACCCCAAUUCAGCGAAUUCCUCGCUAUAAAUUGUUGCUUCAGCAAGUUCUACUUUACACCAGCCCUUGUGACUCGGCUUACAAACAGUUACAGGAAUCCAUUCGUUUGGUGGAGCAGUCGGUUACACAUAUAAAUUCGGUUGUAGAAGAUUUCGAAAAUACCCAAAGACUGAUCACUGUUCAAAGUGCCCUAGCUAAUAAGUCGUUAAAAAUGGUCAAACCAGGGCGAAAGAUUUUGAAAGAAGGUAUUCUACAGAAGCUUAAAACGGACGGAUCCACCUCACGCAAGUACUGCAUCCUGAUGUCCGAUCAAUUUGUCUACUGUCGGAUGUUGAAGGACUUGGAUCACCUCUUCACGGAGAACGGGCUGGAAUGCUGUUGCAUUUUUCCUCUUAAGAAGUGCAAAGUAGCGGAAAUGUUUAGGGGAAGUUUCAAGCUAAGCUGCAGUGGAGAUGGCAUUAUUUUCACCGCCGACAAUCCGGACGAGAGCAGCGCUUGGUUUCAGACCAUUCGCGAGGCCAUCGAGUUGCACGUUGAGUGCAGGAAAACGUUGCGAAAGCUUUCCAGCAAUAGGAAACCUAUGCGCAAAAAACACAUCCAGCGUCUGGAACCAGAAGAUGAUUAUUUGUGGCUUUUGCGGCGUAAAACGGCCAGCCCGCAGAAGUCGCCAAAACCUCGUGCCAAGUUGUGGUCUUUUCGUAAUAUGGACUGCUUGAAAACUAACCGUUCGUUUCAGGAAGAACCAAUGCAGAUUGAACGAAGCUCAACCUCAACAAAUGGUUUUCUAAAUCAGCGUGCUUUGGAAUCUUGUUCGCGUGACGAAAAUAGUUCUCCUUCUAUACCACCACGUGGUAUGGAUGAAUCUAUUCGAACAGCUCAGAUCUAUAGCUCAACGGUUGUUUCCGGAAGGAAACAUGUGCACUUUAAGCUUCCUGCAUCGUAUUACAAGCGUUAA